CACAGCUCUCACCUCCUAACACCACAACUCCCUCGUGCAAAGCACCGCCGACCUCAACUCAAUGACUUGAAAUGCGCCAGAGCAUCGUCCUCCCAGCACCGAGGACCCAGUCCAAUGCUCCCCUCCACCGAUGAUACGUGCGAUGAGUCGUGCCGGAUGCCGCUGCGGCCGCGCGCCCUGCUGUCCUUCCACUCUCUCGGCACGAUCGGGUCAGCGCUGCCCUUCAUCUUGACUUUCGUCAUUGUUAGCUAUCUGGUUGCGCGACACCUCUUUCCGCUGCUCGCUGGCGCUGCAUCCAGAGUUGAUGACGACUAUUACCUUCCUUCCGAUGCUCCGCCGGCAUUGAAGGAGGCAGAAGCGAAACACAAUACCUGGCCUCUGCGCCGACGACUCGUUGCUGCUAGCUUUGGUGCUACAAUUGCCCUAGCUGCUGUGCUGGCCGAGUUGAUACUAUGCGAGAUCUCGAGCGCGCUCGAUCCCGACGCCCGGGCCCUGACGCUGCGCGUCACAGUGCCUGCGCUGCUGGUGAUGCUGGUGCUGUGGAUCCCAUUCCUAGAGAUACAAUCCGUAAUCCGCGGCGCUGGAUGGGACUUCACAAACCGUCGCGACGGGCGACUGAAUAAGAUCCCCUGCAUCUUACAAGCCCUCUUCUUCACCCUCUGGAUUUCAGUAUUCUGGUUCUCAGAUUUCUCAAGCACAGCCUCCUCAUUCGACGACAUGCUCGCCCCCGCCCCCACGCCCUCCCUCUCCGACGCAGCACUCUCUCGCGUCGGCGUCGUAGGCGUCUCCCUUAUGGCUCUCCUCUCAGGCUUCGCCUCCGUCUCCUCGCCAUGGCAAGCUUUCUUCCAACGCUCCAAGCCUGUCACCGACUCCGACCUGGCGCGCAAAGCGACCGGAUUAGACGCAACGAACGACCUCCUAGCAGCCAAGAAAAGCCGUCUGCGCGCCCUGAACCACAAACUCUCCGACGCCCCUGAAGAGGGGUUCAUGACCCGCGUCCUCGGCUCCAUCCGGGGAAACCCAGACGCCACAGAAGUACAGGCACUCCAAAUGGAAAUCUCCGGCCUUGAAACAAUGGCCGUUAGUCUCUCGACCUCACACACGCUCCUCCAAGCCCGACACGCCGCACAAGCGCGCGCCAAGUCGCCCUUAGGACGGUGUCUUGUGGUCCCGGAUGUGGCGUUUUCGAUAUACUGCGUCUACCGCAUUAUCGCGACGUCCAUCACCACCCUCCAGCGCUCGUCGCACCCGCAUAGCACGUUUUCGACUACGGAUCCGAUAAACCGCGUCCUAAGCCUGCUAGUAAAACACGUUGACGCCUCCCUCGACCAAGCCGCCUGGGCGCGGCAAAUCUCCUUCCUCCUCGCCGGGAUCAUGCUGUUAUUAUCCUUCAACUCUGUCCUCCAAACGCUCCACGUAUUCUCCCGUUUCGCGCCUGGCCUGGUGCGACAAGCUCAAGCCAACUUACCCCUUGCAGUCGCGCAGAUAAGCGCGAUGUAUGUUAUCAGCGCGGCUCUGUUGUUGAGGAGUAAUCUCCCGGCUGAGAUGGCGAGUGGGAUUGGACAUGCGCUCGGGAAAGGGGUGGAUGCGGGGUUUGUGGAGAGAUGGUUUGAGGGGUGGUUUCUUGUUGGAGGGGGGGCGACGGCGUUGGGGAUUUGGGGGGGAGGGAGGUUAGGGGAGGGGGAGGGAGAGGGGUGGGAUGAUUGGAGUGGGGAUGUGGAGUUGGGGACUAAGAGGAGUUGAGGGGGAGGAGAUGAUAGGUCUGCUCAAAGCUAGAAGCUGGAAGAAAGCAGGAGGGAGGGGGAGUUUGGGAUUUCUGAAGAUACCGGUUAUGGAAGGGAGUUUUUAUAGCGACUUUUUAUUACAGGAUUCCGAGGACAGAACACAGGAUGUCAUCCUCUAUAAAUGCAGAUGGAAGUAGAUCUCGAAUCUGAAAAGCACCGUCUAGACUUUGAAGAGGGACAGCUAUCCUACUCUCACAUCCUCAUGUCUACAAGCAAAUCAUCAUC